CUUUAGUAUAGUUAUAGUGACCUCAAACGACCUCCAAAGGGAGGUAGGAUGUGUAAAAAUAGAUAACUUUUUGUACCAAUGUAAGUGUAUUGUCAAGUGAUAUGACCCUUAAAUACUUCCUGGUUGAAUUGUUAUCAGGAAGAAAGUGAAUUGAAAAUACCAAAAUUUUUUUUUUUAACUUAGCAUUUAUUUAUUUCUAGAACUUUUUGGAAUAAUAUUUUUUCCGAAUUUCACUACAAUCAAAUGGAUGAAGAAGAUGUUCCUUCAAUUGACCAUGGAGACGAAUAUGAUUUGGAAGAUAUCUCUAUAUAUGAGCUUUCUGAUACAGCUGAUACAGAAAGUAUCAACACUGAUGAUCCUAGUAAUCGGAGAAGCUCAUUUAGAGACAGGAGGAACUGCUUGUGGUCAAUUAUAUUUUCCUGGAUAGUGUUUCCUGCCACUGCAGGGAACUUACUUCCAGAUGUCAUCGGUAGACGUCAUAGUCGAGAUGGACAAAUUUCUUCAAUAGUAACUUUAAAAGCAGCCGUUGGAAUUCUUGUAGUAUUAAUGUAUAUUAGGUUUAGUCCUGGAAGAAUGGAGGGUCUUCAGUUAAAGCAUGCGCAUUUGGAAUCGUCAAGUUAA